AAAAAUAGUUAGGUUAUGUCUUAACAAAGUUGUUUUCAAUUUACAGUUUUUAGUUUGUAAACAAAUUUUUUCUUCAGUUUUCGUUUAGACACAUUUUCUAGACAAAAAUGAAUCGCAGUCACAAGGAUAUUACCGAAAUUCUUCAGUUAGCCAAAUUCUAUAUUCAGAAUCUAGAAGGUUUGAAAACAGAAUUGACCAAUUUGCAAAAACAAUUUUGUAUCAAUUGUUUAGAAGCUGAAAAUAAUAUAAAGUAUACAUUUUCCAGCCUGAAAAGCAAACUGGAGAUAAGAGAGAAAGAAUUGCUGGAAAAAGCUGAGAUUGUGAAAAAUAGCGUUAUAGAGCCCCUUAAACAUUGCGAAGAAGUAAUUAAUUGUAAUAUUAAGACCACCAAUAUCCUUCUAACUGAAGGACCUCAAAUAUUACGGGAAAACGAUUCGAGAGCAUUUUCUGAGUUUGUAAGUAGAGCAGAGGACUUGGGACAUAUGCCAGAAAUACCAGCUGAAAGCGAUUUACCCUAUUUAGUAUUCCUUCAUGAGCCACUCGAUAGUAAUCAGUUAGAAUUUGCGCUGUCUGGCUUUGGCGAAGUGAUCAGUGCCCCACCUGUUCAGAUAAAAUCAAUUGUUGCAAAACCGUCAGCUCUAUUAGUUGAGUGGCAUCAGCCAGAUAGUACAGAUGACCACAUAAAGUACAUUAAAGAAUUCAAAUUGCAGAAAGUAGUAGGAAACGUUUUAAAGAACAAGAACCUGUCUGCUGGUUUCUCUGAUUGUUACAUUGGUUCAGAAUCUCAAUAUUUACUUAGAGAAAUUAUGAUUAAGGAGCCGUAUUCAUUUCGUGUUUCUUGCAAAUUCGACGGAGCUGCCGAUUGGAGCCCUUGGUCGGCUGCACUAGUAGGCUCAACAACGCUUCCAGGGUUUUCCUUUAAGAAAGUUAAUGGUGUCACUUUUUCUCUUGACGAAAAAAUUGUUUCUUUGGGUCAAAUUGAAAUCGGCAGUAAAGUUUUAUUCUCCAAUGGUCCUCAGGUGUCUUUCACCGAUUCAGUCGACUUCACAAUUUUAGAAGCUGAUAGUAAGUCGACUUGUAUUCUGGCAAUAACAACGAAGGAAAUUGAGAAUUGCAAAGACUUAAGACAAAUUAAUGAUGGAGUUUUGAUUGAUAGUGAUGGUAAAAUAUCAAUGUCUGGAACGGAAAAAUCCAUGGUUUUGUCAAACUUCUACAAAGGGCUUAAGGUCUCCUUUUUACUGCAGCUUAUAUGCUUAGGAAAAAUAAGAGUCCAUAUGGACUGCAACGACAAGCGAGUCACGUAUGAUUGGUUAGUUGGUGAUGCCUCAAGUUUGUAUUUCGCUUGCCAGUUGCCAACUAACAAAUGGAAAAUUAUGGUUGACUGACGCAACAUUUUGCAUACUCAUAUUGUAUACUCAUUGUAUUAUCACAUUUUUUAGCAUUUACUUCUCAGCAAUUUUAUGCCACUAGAGAACGAUAGUUGUGUUUUGUUGGUAUUCUAAUAAAGAAAAAUAUUUUGAAUAUUGCUCAAACACUUACCUCUUAUUAGUUUAUCUAAUGUUAAUAUUUCAACGUUUUGAAGGGCCUAAUAAAGGUCUAUCUAUAUUGGGUAUGUUGUAUGUUAACUUCUUGUGAUAACCCGCAAUAUAUUGUUUUUAUAUAAAUGUAAUUUCAAAUCGCAGAUAAUCCGUUGUAAUAUGAAUUAAAAUUUUAUAUUUAAUGAGAUUUAUUACUUAACUGUUGCUUAGCAUAAUUUUACUAGCUUUUUUUAACUAAUAAAUGAAACAGCAUAUUUUUAAAAUAAUAUAUUUACAUUUGAAUUGAGUGAUAUUUACAGGAAAGUUAAGCAAAAUAUUAAUCCUAGACACUUAUUGAUAUUCGUCGUACAUCACAUCUAUCUGCGACACUAUUUGCCAAUUUUGAAUUAAUUUUCUUAAAUUGGAAAGCCAGGAAAUGAUCCUGAAAUGGCCAUGUCCGUGUUGGCUGUACAUUUUAGGACUUUAAAUUGCACGUUUUCGCAUAUUUCACUUAAAAUAUUUUUUUAUUGUAAAAGCCUUACAAAAGAAAUCACUUAUACUACAGCGACUGAAUAAUCAUAGUAAAACCAUGUUAUACCAUUAAAUACAUGUAUGCAUAAAUAAAAGUAGGUAUAGAGUUU